UGUCUUAGUCUUUGUAUCUUCUCUCUCAUCACAUAUUGUUGGUUUCUCCAGCAGCACCUCUCACCUUUCCUUAAGCAUUCACCAGCUGGUCAUAUGAACAGCAGAGGACCAGGCUGAUGGGAUUUAAUAAUUUAGAAGGCACUUUGUGUGCUUCAUCCAAAGCAGCUCACAUGUAUCCUUAUUGUGUGCAAACACAGGCUUUUCUUCACACUGUAUUGAAUUUGUGAUACUUUACCCUCUGGGUGAUGCAAGGGAACGGGGUUUUUGUGUGCCUCUGAACAUUGAGAGAGUACAUAUUUGUAUUUACGACAGAAACCAUCGGGGAAAAGCAUGAGUACUCUGCUGCCUCCUAGCUUUACCUGGAUUUUACCUGGGAAGUUUGAUAAUUUGAUUUUAUGACUAAAUGAAAGGUUUCCUACAACUGAAGUCACAAGGUUGAAGACAGGAUUCAAAGCAGAGCACAAGAAGACAAGAAAAAACAAGAAGUUAAUCCAGGAAGACACUACAAAUAUUGCCUGUCAUAAGACUCUUGAAUACUGUAGAAAGCCUCAUUCUAAGCCUGUAAAAGAACCAACACACAAAAUGUUUAAAAAAGUGAAAACGAAUAAGGAAGCUGAGAGAGAAAAAAAACAAAAGAGAAAAGCAAUUAAACAGACAGUAGAGAAAGAAACCAAACAAAAUAAAGAAGAAAAAGGGAACACGAAUCUACUGAAAAAUAAACCAUGUUCUUUAACAGAAUCGGUUCAACCUCUGAAAGACCCUUCUAUCAGUAGGAUAGAUGCACCACAUAAGGAACUAAUGCUAAAGAUAACAGGAACAAUCAAUGAAGGGGUCCCUUCUGUAAAAAAUGAUUUAGAACAAGAGAAACAUGAGCGAAAAAUGAACAAAGGUUCUGAAGACCAAAGUAAAUUAAUAUUUAUAAAAGCAAAAAAUGAAGACACCAAAGCUAUUCUGGAGCAGGAGGGUGAUGAAACAGUUGUCAAAGGUAGGGCACAGAGCUUACUGUCUGAUAAAACCAAAAUGGCAUCCCUUGGACACAACACGAGAAAGGCGGAAAUAAAUUCUGAUGCAGAAUCAUUAGAGUGGGAUGUGAGCGAAGGAUUACAUUUGAUACCCGCAAGAAAAAGAGUGACACCUUUUUUCAAGAUGACUGAUUGGAUUAAAAAAAAAAUGCCACAAAAAAUAAACUUGCGGAAGAAGAUUUCUGCUCUGAAUAAAGCAGUUGGUAUCACCAGCUGGCUUCGAACCUUAAAGCAAAAACAUAGCAGCAGGAAGUCUGGGGACCAAGUUUUUAGACACAGAGUGGCUAUGAGGAUUGUCUGUAAAACCAGGAUAGCUAGUCAAAAAAACAAAAGUUCUGCAGAGGACAAACUUAAGAAAGAAAAAACCAGGCCCCGGGAAACCAAUGGAGAAGCCACAGAAGAAGUAGCAAUGGUCAGCAAUAAAGAACUAGAUGCCAAAUACGCAGUGGUACUUCCUAGAGUGAAAAAAAUGGCAAAGGCAAAGACAGCUCAGACACAUAAGACAGCUCCUUCUAUGUCAAAUACAUCAGGAGGACACUCUAUCUGCAACACCAAACCCCCAAAGCCAGGAGCUAAACUGGUAUUUCCUUCCAAACCAGAUCUCAGUCUCCUGAAGUCCAUGAGAAAGUCAUUGCCGGAAAAUUUGCUAUCAGAUGAAGAUGUGGAAAACAGGGGUACAAAUAUGAAUGAAGCCAAGUACAGAGCUCCUGAAAGAAAACCUAUUCCAGAUUGCUCAGAACCUCAAAUGGACCGAAGGUUCACCUUCCAACAAGACAAUGACCCAAAGCACACAGCUAAAAUAACAAAGGAGUGGCUUUGGAAUAACUAUGUGACCAUUCCUGACUGGCCCAGCCAGAUCCCUGACCUAAAUCCAAUUGAGCAUCUCUGGAAACACCUGAUCAUGGCUCCACCAACAUUCACCAUCCAACCUGACAAAACUGGAGAGGAUCUGUACUGA